GUCGAGAAGCACUACGAGUUAAACUUGCAUCCAGUAGGGGUCAGUAGAGAAACACACCCCUCAAUGUUUCUAGUUCAGGAGGAAGAUCACAGCGACCCUUUACCUCCCGUGAAUGCAUGAUGGCGGCCGCGUUGAGAGGGAGUCUCGUAACAUUGGCCAAGGGUCUGAGUGGUGCCCGGUUGCAGCCGUUGUGCGCCCGCUCUUUGAGUGUGACCUCCAGUCAGAAUGUUUCAGAGAGUCCCCCGGCGAGGGCAGACAGCACCUUCAAGGUCACCAUGGUCCCUGGAGAUGGAGUUGGACCUGAGCUGAUGACUGCUGUCAAAGAGGUUUUCAAGGCAGCUGAUGUUCCUGUGGAGUUUGAGGAGUUUCACCUGAGCGAGGUGCAGAACAUGGCCAGUGAGGAGAAACUGGAAGAGGUGUUGUCCUCCAUGAAGAACAACAGAGUCGCCAUCAAGGGAAAGAUUCACACUCCCAUGGAGUACAAGGGUGAACUGGCAUCAUAUGAAAUGAGACUGAGGAGAAAGCUGGACCUGUUUGCCAAUGUGGUUCAUGUGAACAGCCUGCCUGGCUACAGCACCCGCCAUAAUAACCUGGAUCUGGUCAUCAUACGGGAGCAGACGGAGGGAGAAUACAGCUCUCUGGAGCAUGAGAGUGUUUCAGGAGUGGUUGAGUGCCUGAAGAUCAUCACCAGGGAGAAAUCUCGCCGUAUCGCUAAAUUUGCAUUCGACUACGCCACCAAGAAAGGCCGCAGCAAAGUGACCGCUGUCCACAAAGCAAACAUUAUGAAACUCGGGGAUGGUCUCUUCCUGCAGAGCUGUGCGGAAUUGGCUGAACUUUAUCCCAAGAUUAAAUAUGAAAACAUCAUCAUUGAUAACUGCUGCAUGCAGCUGGUGCAGAAUCCUUAUCAGUUUGACGUGUUAGUGAUGCCAAAUCUCUAUGGCAACAUCAUCGAUAACCUGGCAGCAGGGCUGGUGGGCGGAGCCGGCGUAGUUCCAGGCGAGAGUUACAGUGCAGAAUAUGCUGUGUUUGAAACGGGUGCCAGACAUCCCUUCGCUCAGGCUGUCGGCAGGAAUAUCGCAAACCCUACUGCUAUGCUCCUCAGUGCAUCCAACAUGCUGAGACACCUCAAUCUUGAGUAUCACUCAAACAUGGUAUCUGAGGCUGUCAAGAAAGUUAUCAAGCAGGGCAAGCACUAUAUCUUUAACCCUGAAACACUUCUAAUAUAUAAAUGAGUUUUAGCCCAUCCAGUUUUUUUUCUACAUUACACUUUGGUUGAAACCCUCUGUGUUUUAUGUGGACAGUUGGGGCUUUUUGGUCAGUUUUGUGGGUUGAAUUUCUGCUGACUCUCAGACAUCGUCCUUUCUUAUAUUUUAUGACUGUCAUCUCAUUUAAAGUCCUCAUGAAAUAAGUCUUUCAUUUUAGCCAUGACACGUUUUUUUAUUGAAAGAGUAUGUUUGGGUGGAAUAUAUCGAAGGGCUCAUCCCUUUUUUGGUGAAAAUCCAUUAGCCUUUAGUUUAUGCAAAUAAAACACUUAGUAGGUCUCAUUUGUUACAAUUUAAAACUGCGCAAAUUAUUAUAAACAAUACUUCUGCCGCAUUUAUUAAGCUUAAUGUUA